AAAAUUAAUCAAAAGAGGAUUGACGGGUCGGACACUCCGACUCGGACUCGGUUUCCUUCAAAGACCCAUAAACCCAAUUAGGCAAAAACAAAGCUCUCAUUCGUUCUGCAAACUGGAAGAGCAGAGCCCUCCGAUCGCUCCUCACUGAAUUAAUUCUCAGCUCACAGAAAGAAGAAGGUAUGGGUGCAUCUGAGAAGAAAUCUAGCGAGGCCGCAUUUGAUGUGCCAACCCUCAACGCUGAAAAUUUGCAAAGCAACAUGAAAGUUAUAUAUUACAGUCGAACAUUUAUGUCUAUCAUCGGUGGGAUCAUUGCUGGAAUUUUGGGAUUCACUGGCCUUACUGGAUUUAUUUGGUAUUUUCUUAUCAUGACCGUCACCUCUGUCGGACUCGUUGCCAAGACAGGGUUUGCAGUUGAAUCAUAUUUUGAUAGCUGGACCCAGAUUAUACUUGAUGGCUUUCUGGGCGGGCUUUUAUCAUUCGUGUUGUUCUGGACAUUUGCAUAUGACAUUGUACACAUAUUCUGAGGGAUUAUCAGCUACGCCUCGGAUGAAAGGUACCCUGUGUUGCUGCUAACUGUUUUCUAUUUCAAGAAGGGUCUGAACCCCAUGCUGCUUCCUGCAAUGUCGUCUUUCGCUGCCCAUUUGAAAAUGGUCUUUAGUUAUUUGUACCAAACGAAUGUCGUUGUAGGCUUUUUUUCCGAUGAUUACUACUUAUAGCUAAAAGGCGUAGGCUUGUUGGUGAUUUCUGGAGAACUUUUUGUUUUAGGUCAUGUUUAUGAAAGCUGUUUUUAUA